AUGGAAUCCUCGCGUAUCUUCGUCAAGGGGCUUCCGCCUUCUUUCACUGAGGCAGAGUUCAGGAAGCACUUCGCGCAGAAGCACGAGAUCACCGAUGCCAAAAUCUUUCAGAACCGCAGGAUUGGGUAUAUCGGGUACAGGACGCCUGAAGAUGCUCAGGCGGCGGUCAAGUACUACAACAGGACCUUCAUACGGAUGUCGAGGAUUGGUGUGGAGCUUGCAAGGCCACCUCAGGAUGCCGCAGAGAGAGCAAGUCAACGCAAUGGUGGAGGUGCGCCGACUGCUCGGAAAGAAGCUGGACAGGGCACAGGCAUUACGCAGGGGCAGGACAGGAAGGGCCAAAAAGCUAGCGAGGGUACAGAGGAGCAGGACCCGAAGCUGAAGGAGUUUCUUGAGGCGUAUCGGCCACGGAGCAAGAAGCGGGCUCGGGAGGAUGAACAGCUUGAAGCGAUCGAGCACCAGCCUGCGCUUGAGGAGAGCGUUCAAGCGGGAGGCGAUCAGAGUGACGAAGAGUAUGCAGAUGUUCCCAGCAAGCCGAAACGAUCGAAGAAGGAUAGUCCGGAUCCGCCACAGCCGGCGGAGUCAAAGACGGAGCAUGUGCCCGCAGGCGGCCCAGGGGAAGAUAAUGAGGUCAAAGACGCACCAGAACCGGUAGAGCAAGAUGCUCAACCGGCUGUAACGGACUCGGACUGGGCAAGAUCUAGGACGAGCCGUUUGCUAGGACUUCUCGACGAUGAUGAGGAAGAUGAGGCAACGAACGCACAAACUCUGGCAAGUCGGGGCGAGUCGCCAGCUGAGGACGAAAGUGAGCCAGAGAAGGGCACUUCCAAUCUACAACCUGCCGAGGAGGCAGAAAGCGCACUGCCCACCCCUCCAUCUGAAGGCGCUGAAGACGAAGGGGAUGGUUCAAAGCCUGAAGCUGAUGUCAAUGCUGUAAGGACCAGCAUGCGCCUGUUUCUGCGGAAUCUCCCAUACGAUAUCAAAAGAGAAGAUCUCGAGGCCGAGUACGAGCGCUUCGGCCACAUAGACGAGGUCCAUGUGCCGCUCGACACCAAGACGGGAGCAGCAAAGGGGUUCGCGUACGUGCAGUUCUCUGAUCCUGACGCUGCAGAGACAGCACUUCUCGAAACGGACGGCCAAACUUUCCAGGGUCGUCUACUUCAUGUACUGCCGGCAAGCAAGAAGCGCGAGACGAAACUGGAUGACUUUGAACUGUCGAAACUACCACUGAAGAAACAGCAGCAGAUCAAGCGGAAACGUGACGCCGCAUCGACGACCUUCAAUUGGAACGCGCUGUACAUGAAUGCGGAUGCGGUCGUCUCGAGCGUUGCAAACCGCCUAGGUCUUGCAAAGUCCGAAGUGCUUGAUCCGACAAGCAGUGACGCCGCCAUCAAACAAGCGCACGCAGAGACGCACAUCAUUCAGGAGACCAAGACCUACUUCAAGCAGCAUGGCAUUGAUCUCGAUGCAUUCAAGAAAAGCCAACGAGGUGACACCGCGAUUUUAGUCAAGAAUAUCCCAUACGAUUGCAGCAAGGACGAGCUUAGGCGCUUGUUUGAGGAGCACGGAGAGCUGAAGAAGUUCUUGAUGCCGCCGGCAGAGACUAUCGCUAUCAUCGAGUAUCCGAACGCCGCGCAGUGCAAGACUGCCUUUGGUGCACUCGCAUACCGCAAGAUCAAGGGCUCGGUGCUGUUCCUUGAGAAGGCACCAAAGGGUCUCUUUGAGGGCAAGGCAGUGCCUGUUACGGAACAAGAGAACAGGGACGGUGUGUCGAAGACUUCUGCUUCCGACUUGAAGGACUCGGACCACGCUGUGCGCAACAAUUCAGGCACUGCAACUCUUUUCGUCCGCAACCUCAACUUCACCACUACCACACAACAGCUCACAGACACUUUUCUACCGCUCGAAGGCUUUCUUUCAGCCCGUGUGAAAACCAAGACCGAUCCCAAGAAACCCGGACAACUCUUGAGCAUGGGAUUUGGCUUCCUGGAGUUCCGCACCGCACCGCAAGCGCAGUCCGCGCUCAAAGCCAUGGAUGGCUACACCCUGGAGGGACACAAGCUUCAGAUUCGAGCUUCUCAUAAGGGUGCUGAUGCAGCAGAGUCACGGCGUCUUGCCGAUGCCGAGAAGCGUGCUGCGAGUAAGAAAACCAAGGUUGUCAUCAAGAAUCUGCCCUUCGAAGCGUCCAAGAAGGAUGUUCGUGCUCUCUUUGGGGCUUACGGUCAGCUCCGCAGCGUACGUGUCCCAAAGAAGAUGGAUCGGGCUGCGAGAGGCUUCGCUUUUGCAGACUUCACGACGCCGAAGGAGGCAGAAAAUGCUAUUGAGGCUUUGCGCGAUACCCACUUGCUUGGACGACGACUUGUGCUGGACUUUGCGGAAGAAGAGCCUGAAGACGCCGAGAAGGAGAUUGAGAAGAUGCAGCAGAAGGUUGGAGCGCAGGUGAACAAGGUGGCGUUGCAGAAGUUGACGAGUGGAGGGAGGAAGAAGUUUUUGACGCAGCAGGAGGAUGGGGAGGAGUGA